CGUCCAGAGACACGGCGAAGACCAUGAUGGUGCCCUUUUCACUCCUUCUGAUAGGUACUAUGAGCUUGUAGCGGCCGCUUCGACUGCGCUUAAGGUAAAACGAAGCAUAGAAACGCGCAAAAAAUAUGUGUACUUUUUCCAGGUUUUCGGAAGAUGCACCAAGUAACAUAAUUACGUUACCCGUUACUCAAAAUAAGUGACUUAAGUACAUUACCCGUUACUCUCUUGGAAAAGUAACGACUACAUUAUUGCGUUACUGAAAAAAAUAACGCCUUACCGGUAACGACGUUACUUCUAACAUCUUACCGCCAACACUGUGCAGCGGCGACCGCGGCGGCUUGAGUUUUCUGCACUUGGUUAGCAGAACGUGCAGGCCACCAUAGCUGCGGCACCAUGGCGGCUGCCAGAGUCGAGUCUUUAACGAUCGCCUGUAGACCUUCGGAAGCAUCGCGAUUGAACCUUCUUAACAUCUGAGAUGAAUGAAUACUUACUUUAAACCGCACCGCGUAUAAUGUAGGUAUACAGGUCAUGUUCAUAUAGGUACUCAAAAUGCAUGUUCAGAACUAUAAAAACUGCUUUGAGCUUCCUUGUUUUGCUGUGUCAUCCCAACAGAUUGGAUGGAAGCAUACCAUAACGACGAAGUGGAUAUCUUUGACCUUGACAGCCGCAGGUGUGACACCUCUCUUCAGACCAACUGGUCGGACCCACACAAGCAGCAAACGCACCGACAACCGGACAAGCACCCGUGCCGCUUAUGUCCUCACUCAAGCUCUUCCGCAACGGCUGUCGCCAUUCACGAGAGGACUUACACUGGCGAGAGGCCCUUCCCUUGCGGCGUCUGCGAGAAAACGUUCACGAAAAAGUAUGACUUGAUGGCUCAUGACAGAACUCACACCGGAGUGAAGCCGUUCAAGUGCAACACGUGCAGCAGGACGUUUUCUCUGAAAGGUACCUUGGCGGUUCAUAAGAAGAUUCACACCGGAGAGAAGUCGUUCAAGUGCCACUCGUGCGGCAAGGCGUUUACUCUGAAACGCACCUUGGCGGAUCACGAAAGAAUUCAUACGGGAGAGAAGCCGUUCAAGUGCAAAACGUGCAGCAGGGCGUUCGCUCAGAAAGCCAACCUGGUGAACCAUGAGAGGACUCACACCGGAGAGAAGCCGUACAGUUGCGAGACCUGCAGCAGAGCGCUUGCGUCUCGUAGUGGUUUACACAAUCAUCGGAAGAUACAUCGCAAGUGAUUGAAACCAUCACGCGCGCGUCAUAGCUGUGGAGGGGGUUUAAACGAAAUACUCGAGCUCCUUCGUGUGUUCAUGUCGUUUGGCGGUAGGCCUGCAGGGGUUCUACUUGUGAGCAGUGUAGGUGUUGCACGGUUUAAAAUAUUUUAGCCUGUUAUUUAUCGUGUGAUCACAAAUAAAGAUGUGAAUUUACCUAAGAAGAAGCCAGGGGCUGGUUUUUUGUACACAAAAAAAUACUUGAAGCAUACUAUAUUUAAUUAAUUUAGAGUCCUUGAUCACGUGCUCCACCUGUAGUCUCUGUACUGCAUGUAGGUUGAUAUGUUGCUUACAAAUCGGCCUGCAAAUAACCAAGAAUAUACGAAAAUAUAAAAUAACUAAGGUAUUACAAUAGCAACAAUCAUGAAUAAUGUAAAAGUUAAAAAGCAUACGAAGAACCGAGUAAUGCCAACACAAUCUAAGUUAUAAAAAUAAAAUUAUAUUAAAAACUAAUUAACGCACCAAGCUGGAAACUGAUGUUUUGUGCAUAGGACUGUAACAGAAUAUACAAAACUCGAAGUAUUAGGAAUGCAAUUUCUUGUUUCUUACCUUAUUUUUUAAUUUUAUUCAUUCUUUUUUCUUAUUGACCGGUUUGAGUUACUGAAUUCCAAUGACAUCUAUCAAUGUGCUUGCUACAUGAAAUACUUUUAUGUAUGUUUUUCCUGUAUGAUAUUGUUAUUUUGUGUUGCUGUUGUUUCUUUUUUGCACCUUGACGACGACGGCAAUUUGUUUGGAAUUCAUCGGGUUUCACUUGCAUUCGUCAGGCAUUUAUUAACUCGAACUUACUCUUGUAGCAGGUAGAUCAUAUAUAUUUUCGUUGCUAAAAGCAUAAUUAACUCCAUUUUGUAUAUUCAUGUGUGUAAACCUUGUAUAGCCAUAAUCCAUCAAUAUAUGUCUUAUUCUACUGUGAGUAAGCAGUGGCUGUCAAUAUUGUCUGGCGCGCCAGGAAUUGCCGCAGGUGGAGUUGUAUUUCCAACUGUAUAGAAUAUUUGUUCUGACAUAUGCAGUGUGUUUCCGGAAACGCGGGCAAAUCCAGUCCUGCAAAAACUACGCAUCGCUUAAAAAAAAAAAAAAAAGUUAAUGCCGCACAGGUCUGUGUCAAAGGAAAAUCGUUAGUGUUCAAUAUAAUUGGAUAAUUAAUAAAGUUUGAGAACUUAAAUUCCUAAUUUAUAGUUUUAAAGGCACGGUUUCAAUUAGAAUUAUGAAGGCA